ACUCUGUUGAUAUUGCUGUUUCUUCUCGUCUCUGCUUCCUUCAAGCACAUUGCCAUCAGGAGGCAAGCACUGCCCCUUUAAAUGCAUCCUUUUCCCCUCCUCCUCCGCUGAUCGAUCCACCAUUUUCCCCCCAAAGCUUGUAAUCCCACCUGGAGGAAAAAAAAAAAAAAAGAAGGCGGAUAUUUAUUUAUUUAUUUUUUUGGGGGAAGAAUUGAUCGUGGAUUUUGGAGCUGAAGAGAAAGGGGCGCCCGGACUUGGAGUAUAAAGUCGCCGGAGGUGGUGGGGGGGAGUCCUCUUCCUCCCUCCCUGCCUGCCAGCCAGCUAUGGCUGCGAACAUGUACAGGGUCGGAGAUUAUGUUUACUUUGAAAACUCUUCAAGCAACCCUUUCUUGAUAAGAAGAAUAGAGGAACUUAACAAGACUGCGAAUGGAAAUGUUGAAGCGAAGGUUGUGUGUUUCUAUAGGAGGAGGGAUAUCUCCAGCACUCUCAUUUCUUUGGCAGACAAGCAUGCAAGGGAAAUGGAAGAAGAAAUGGAGAACCCUGAGAUGGUGGAUUUACCUGAAAAAUCAAAGCACCAGUUAAGGCAUAGAGAGCUGUUUCUGUCUAGACAGCUGGAGUCUUUACCAGCCACACACAUAAGGGGCAAAUGCAGCGUUACACUGCUAAAUGAAACCGAGUCCUUAAAAUCCUACUUGGAAAGAGAGGAUUUUUUCUUUUACUCCUUAGUGUAUGAUCCUCAGCAGAAAACAUUGUUGGCAGAUAAAGGAGAAAUACGUGUGGGCAACAGAUACCAAGCUGACAUUACAGAUCUGCUAGAAGAAGGCGUAGAAGAUGGUAGAGACCAAGCUUUCCUUGAGACAAAAGUUUGGGAGGCAAGCAACCCCCUUACAGAUAAACAGAUAGACCAGUUUUUAGUAGUAGCACGAUCCGUAGGUACUUUUGCCCGUGCGUUAGACUGCAGUAGCUCUGUGCGGCAACCAAGUCUACACAUGAGUGCAGCUGCGGCAUCUAGAGACAUCACGUUGUUCCACGCUAUGGACACAUUACACAAAAACUAUUACGAUAUAUCUAAAGCCAUUUCUGCCCUGGUACCACAAGGAGGUCCUGUGCUCUGCAGAGAUGAAAUGGAGGAGUGGUCCGCUUCAGAGGCAAAUCUGUUUGAAGAGGCUUUGGAGAAGUAUGGCAAGGAUUUUACAGACAUUCAGCAGGACUUUUUACCAUGGAAAUCGCUGACCAGCAUAAUAGAAUAUUACUAUAUGUGGAAAACAACGGACAGAUACGUGCAACAGAAACGGUUGAAAGCAGCUGAAGCCGAAAGCAAACUAAAACAAGUAUAUAUACCCAACUAUAACAAACCGAACCCAAACCAGAUAAGUGCAAAUAGUAUCAAACCUGCCGUGGUCAAUGGAACUGUGGUACAAACCCCGAACAUGAGUGGACGAGCCUGUGAGAGCUGCUACACAACGCAAUCUUACCAGUGGUAUUCCUGGGGUCCUCCAAAUAUGCAGUGUCGUCUAUGUGCAUUGUGCUGGGCAUACUGGAAAAAGUAUGGUGGAUUGAAGAUGCCAACCAGAUUGGAUGGGGAGAGGCCAGGUCCAAAUCGUAACAACAUGAGUCCACAUAGCUUGUCUAUGAGAGCCGGUGGAAGCCCAAAAUUUGCCAUGAAAACGCGUCAAGCAUUUUAUCUGCACACUACAAAGUUGACCAGGAUUGCGAGGCGACUAUGUCGGGAUAUUUUCCGUCCACGUUAUGCUGCAAGACAUCCUUACAUGCCUAUCAACAGUGCUGCAAUCAAAGCCGAGUGUACAACAAGGCUUCCAGAAGCUUCUAAAUCUCCACUGAUGCUAAAACAGAUUGUCCGAAAACCUCUAGAACAAGUCGUGAGAUACAUAGAGGCGCAUCCCUGCACUCCCAAGCCAGAGUCCAUCAAGAAUAUUUCCACAAGCAUCAACAACGCCCUGACUCCAUCGAAAUCUUCUCCCGUCAUCAACAACGGAUCUCCAACAAUCCUGGGCAAGCGCAGCUACGAGCAGCAUAAUGGUAUGGACGACUAUUUUAAGGACAGAUCAGCAAGAAAAGAUGUCCGCCUAAGCCCAAUGGAUGGAAAGAGAGCGCUGUCCUACCUUGCAUGUAGAAAGGAGAAAAUAAUGAAGGAGAUUAAACAGGACGGGGAGAGAAAAUGGAGCACCUUUUAAUAUGGACUGAAGCUGUGAGGAGUUCUUGAAUCAACAUUUUUAUUUCCCAUAGGUGUUAACUUUUCUCUCCCCUCACAAUGCGUUAUUCCCUCCAUAUACACAUCCAUGAUCUGGAACUGACUAUCACUGCAGCCUGGAGUUAUACAGAGGCAACAGAGUCUUCAUGUGUCAAUCAUGUCCAUUUCAUCAUCCAGUGUCCUUGAGACCAGACUUUACCAAAAAAAUCAUAAUAUUCAGGAUUUCUCUCACAUGUCCAAGAGAAACCCAAGACUUUUUUAAUCUUUUUUUUUUUUUUUGUGGAGCUUUUCGUUACCACAGCUCAAAAGAUAUGCAAAGUACCGUACUCCUGGAAUCAUCACCCUGGUAGUUUAUGUGCCAUAUUGAGGCUUAUUUUAUUUUAUAUAUAGACGUGUAUAUAUAUUUUUUGUUAUUACAGUGUUCGUUUUACACAUUGA